UUUGAAAGAUUUUUUGAAUGAUUAUCAGUUACAUAAUCACAUUUGUUCAGUUCCAUCUAAUUGUUCCUUAAAAAAUAAUCCCAUCUUCUACAGUUUUGCAAUGCUUUUACAAAUACCUUCAAAAUAUUAUGAUAACUGUCAAGCAGUUUUUAAAGACAUCAAGGCUAACAAUUUUCAACAUUGCAUACAAUUCUGAAGAAAAGCAGUAGAAUUUUUACAGAGCAAAACAAAUCAUUGAAGAUAGGCUACAAGAAUUAUUAAAUUCUAUUCAUAAUUUUGUGAUAGUUUUCAACUGCGUGGACCGCGGCGUACCAAAAUCCCAUUUAUUGUAAAAGAUAUUCUUGAAAACAUUCAAAAAUUGUAUAAAAUCAAAUUUUAUAUACAUUUUUUCAAUGUGUGGCCAAGUCACAUAGAUUGUUCAGUGUGAUGUAUGACCAUGCCAUUUCAUCUCAAUAGACAGUUGCACCCAUAUCAACUCUGAGAAAAAAAGGCGCAAUUUUCAUAAAAAAAGAAAUUUUAUUUCACAACAGAUCCGACCCACACCAUUAGUUUUCCAAGCAUUUCCGUCAAUGAAGACGUGAGAUUGUCCAUUAAAUAAAAAAAUAACGUAAAUUAAAGCCUUCUAAUGAGUCCGCAAGAGAGAACAAAUGAUGAAUCCAUUGACGAUGAUGCCGAACUGUUAGCCCUGGAAAAGAUACUUUGCGAGGCAGAGGAGCAAGAGAAAACAAAAACACCCGCAUGCAAAGAUAAUGCCAAGACAAAGCCGAAAGAAAAUAUUGAUGAUGAUGCAGAGCUGUUGGCCCUGGAUAAAAUUCUCGCCGAAGCUGAGGAAGAGGCGGACAAUUCUGCCGUAAAAGAAAAGUCCAAAACAGCGGCGGUACCACGUUUGAAGGAAGAUAGUACUUUUGCAGAUGCAUUUAGCUAUGAAGUCGAUACAAAAUUGGCCAAGAAGGCAGCAAAGGAGGCUGAGAGCCGCAUGGAAGAGGUAGACUCAUCCGAUGACGAAGAGGUUCGUAACUUCUUGGAGAGGAAAUACAAUGAGUAUGGUUCCGAUGUUAAUAAAAAGUUGAAACAACAAAAUGAUGCCAGAAAAGAGGCUAGAGUUGAGAAAGAGGUCGAUGCCAUGAUCAAAGAGAAGGAGUCUGGUAUACCCAAAUCGUCGCUGAAUAUACAUAUCAAAAAUCAACAUAAUCCCGUCAAGAGACAAUCUCUUAUAACGAAUUCUUUCAAGGCUAAAGUUUCAAACGAAGAAACUACUGCAGCCGGAAAAGGAAAAUCUCUUAAUGAACAGGCCUUCUUGUCCAGCGGCAGUUCACAGUGUUCAGUGUAUAUGGAUCCUGUCUUUGGGUUACGUAUUAUCAACCCGCUGAUUUCGAGUUCGUUGCUUAAGGAAAGAAUGGCCGGACGACAACCGGUAGCUUUUGCCACCAUUGCCCGUCACAUACAGACGGGAGAUUUAACAAAAGAUUGGGUAAUUGGAGGUGUGCUGACCCACAAGGGGCCAACGCAGAAGACUAAAAAAGAUAAACCCUUUUGUAUAUGGCGUUUGUCUGAUUUGAGAGGCGAAAUUAAAACCGUGUCAUUGUUCUUAUUUGGCAGUGCCUACAAAGAUUUGUGGAAGACCGCACAGGGUACUUGCCUGGCAGUAUUGAAUCCGACUGUCUUUGAAAAACGUAGCGAGAAUACCGAUGUGGCUUGCCUUUCCAUUGAUACUGCAGCUAAGGUCAUGAUUUUGGGACAAUCCAAAGAUUUGGGUGCAUGUAAGGCGGUGAAACGAAAUGGGGAAAUUUGUAAUGCCCUGGUCAAUUUGAGUGAAUGUGACACAUGCGUGUUCCAUGUAAAACAAGAAUUCUCCAAAAUGUCGAAACGUUCUGAGUUACAGUCCGCCAAUGCUGGUCGUGGUCUACAGGAUUUGCGAAACAAGGUUUUGGGAAAAUCGGAAGUAUUCUAUGGAGGGCAAUCUUAUACAGCAGUUCCGGCAAAGAAAAGUGCCAAGUUGUCGUCGAAAGAUAACCAAAGGUUGAGUAAUUUAUCAGAAUAUGCCAUAUCACCGUUUGCGGGCAGUGUGAAUCACGAAUCAAAACCGAAGACGGGUGUAACCACCAUACCCUAUGCAGCCCGAGAAGGUCCGGUGUCAAAAAUAGCAUGUAAUGUUGAGGCAGGUCGUAAGCAGCGUCUUAAAGAUUUGGAGCGAUUACAGAUUCUGCAGGCAGAAUCGGCCAAAACCGGGGCAUCAUCACCAUCCAGCCCAGCAGCGCCUAGUACCCCACAAUCGGUGAAAAGUAGAGAUUCAAUUUUCAGCAAACAACAAACCUCCACACCCGCAGCCGGAAAGCAAACAUCACCCACAACCUCGUCGUCAUCGCUAUCAUCAUCCUUUUCAAGUGCGUCAGAUAAAUUUAAAAAUCGUGAAUUUUCCUUUACCACCAAAUCUCCCACCUUAUCGAAGGAUAAUUUUUCGUUGGAGGUAAACAUUGGCGAAAGACGUGCCUCACUGGCUAAACAAAAAGCUUUAGAGAUUCUCAAAAAGAAACCCAUUCAAAAAAUUGAUCCCAAUUCCACGCGUGGCACCAGGGAGGGCAAACGUCGGGCCAUCGAUGAUCUCAAUGAAAAGUUCAUGAGCAAUGAUGCCAAGAAACAGAAGCUGGACGAGGAGGAGCGGGAAAAGGAACGUAAAAGUCGCAUACAACGCAUUAUGGAUGCCACAUCGUCACACACCAAUCUCAUCGAUAUGCGUGAACGAGAGGAGCAGGAGAAGUAUUUCAGUAAAUUGGAGAAAAAGGAAGCUUUGGAGGAGAAAAUGUUAUCGACCUAUAAAAUGGCCUGCAAGGCCGUUAUAUGUAAAACAUGCAAAUACACGGCCUUCUCGGCAGCCGAACGCUGUAAACAGGAACGACAUCCGCUGAAAGUUGUCGAUGCGGAGAAACGUUUCUUCCAAUGUAAAGAUUGUGGUAAUCGUACUGUGUCCGUCUUUAGACUGCCCAAGACCUGCUGUUCCAAUUGCAACGGUUCACGUUGGGAACGUUGUGCAAUGAUACGCGAACGUAAAGUGGCCACUGGUGCUCAAGAGUUGUCGGUGCGCGGCGAUGAGGAAAUGUUUAUUGGCAGUAUUUCGGGCAAGGCAAAUUUAAAUCUUGCCGUUCCAGACGAUUAGGUAAUUUCAAUGGUUUCAUAUUUUCUUUGUUUAGUUGAUUAUUUAGAAGUAAGAAUGUAUUAGUUAAAUAUUAAGCAGAUAUUUUAGACACUCGUUUAUUAUUGUUUUAAGAUUUUGUAUCGAAUAAAGAAAAGAGAGAACAAAGAUGACAAUAAAAUAUUAUGUGGACCAAUUCAAAUUGUACAAAAAAAUAAAUGAUUCUAAAAACUAUUUGAAAA